AUGUCCAAUUGUCAAGAUCAGCCAAGAAGAACAAGCAGCAGAAGCACAAAAGGAACCCCGCCAGCCCGAUAUCAGCAAUACGCCAGCGAAAUGUCUGUCAACAACUCACCAAAGUCAGAUACGCCAGCAAAAAGCCAACAAAGACAGCCACAGCUACAGCCAAUGGACGGUACUACUCAUGUCAAUACGAUUAAUCCGCCUUCUCAAUUACAGCACCAGAAAACUGCAGCCAAUUCACCAGCCGGGACAUCAAAACCUGUAAAUGAAGUCGGUGAGUUCAUGAAGCAAAUGAGAGUGCAAAUGGAGCAGAUGCAGCGUCAAAUGCAGGUAAUGCAAAGUGAGUACAUUGCAUCAACGAAGAAGAUGCAAGCACAACUUGUUAAUACUGCCAAACAAGUGGAAACGCAGUUAGCCAAUCAAAUGACGUCGACGUCGCUGUCCGCAUUACCUACAUCGACGCUGCCACAGCCGCCAUCAAAUAUGCCAGAAUCAAUACUGCCAACAUCUCAGCCAUCACUGCCACCACCAAAUCAGUCACAAUAUCAGCCGCCACAGAAUCUUCUACAACAGCCGCCACAACUGUCGCCUCUACAACAGCAAGUUUAUCAGCCAACGCCACAAUAUCCGCCGCCAUCACGGUCUAUAAAUUCGGAUAUGUCUGUCCACAAUUCGUAUCCACAAAGUUUUAUAUCAGUUCCACACAAGAAAAUUUAUCCUCUUCCCACAUUUUCAGGUCUUCCAGAAGAAUGGCAAACCUUUUAUGAAGCGUACGAAAGCACCACAGCCGAAUUUGGAUAUAACAGCCUCCACAACAUUAUGCGCCUCAGAGAUGCUAUCAAGGGUCGAGCCAGAGAAACCGUCGAAUCGCUGCUAGGUAAUUCUGCCAACGUCGACACCAUUAUACGAACGCUGCUUGAAACCUUUGGUCGUCCGGAACAGCUGAUUAGAAGCCAAAUUGAAAAGGUUCGUGCCAUUCCACCUUUAGCCAAUGACAACCUGGAAGCCCUGGUAAACUUCGCCAACAAAAUCUCGAACAUGGCCACAUUUGUCAAGAACGUGAAGGGAGAUCACCAUCUUUCCAACCCUUCAUUGUUGAGCGAACUGGUCGCUAAACUUUCCACAAGCCGCCAAAUGCAGUGGGCCGAAAAAUGCCUCCAAUUACAACAACCAGCCACCAUAGUUGGCUUUGCAGAAUGGCUAUCAGUACUGCGUCGCCUGGCCAAUAUCGUCCAUGACACCUUGCCGUCAACUUCGACCAAUGCCGCAUCAAACCGCCGCCAUUUUGCUGCUACUGCACCGCCACCAAACCGAAAAUACGUCAACGUCACUGUCAGCCAAUGUCCAGUAUGUAAGGUUCCCAUUGAGACGCCUACACUUUUAUCCGAAUUUGGACCCAUUGUGUCAACCACCAGAUUAGGCGCUGUUAUAUAUGGACCAAUUCCUGGUGAAGAACCAACAAACAUAAAGAGGGCUUUACACGUAAGGAAGUGUGUGUACCAAAAUGAUGUUUUGAAGGAGUUGAGCGAUAUGAUGCGUGGUUAUUUUGAUGUGGAGACCCUUGGAACCAAAAUACCCGUGAAACCUAUAAAAUCCAAAGAAGAUGAGAGAGCAAUGGGCAUAUUGGAAACAAACACAAAGCAAGUAAAUGACCGAUAUGAAUGUUCGUUGUUGUGGAGAGAAGAUGUGAGACCGAUCCCUGACUCAUACAACAUGGCUUUGAAUCGUUUGUACUCUGUGGAACGUAAGAUGGCAAAAGACAGUGAGUAUAAAAUGGAAUAUUGCGAUAAAAUAGCAGAUUAUGUUAAAAAAGGAUAUUGCCGUAAAUUAUCGGAUGAAGAAAAAUCUAUAAUGCGCGAACGGACCUUUUAUUUGCCCCAUUUUGGUGUAAUAAAUCCAAAUAAAAAAGGAAUUCGGCUGGUUUUUGAUGCGGCGGCCGAGGUUAUGAACUUCUCAUUAAACAAAGCCUUACUUCCUGGCCCUGACAUUAAUAACUCAUUAAUUUCAAUUCUUUUUAAAUUUAGAGAAUCCCCCAUUGCUGUAUGUGGUGACAUACAAGAGAUGUUUCACCAGAUCGCCAUUGCCAGGAAAGACCAAGAUAGCCAAAGAUUUCUGUGGAGAGAUGGCAAUCCUGAUCAGCCUGUGGACACUUAUGUUAUGGAAAGGCUUAUUUUUGGAGCCACCUGUUCACCAACCAUUGCCCAAUAUGUCAAGAAUAAAAAUGCGACAAAAUACAUCGAAAAGUCACCAAGAGCCGUCCAUGGUAUCAUCGAACGUCAUUAUGUGGAUGAUUUUGUCGAUUGUUUCGAAACUGAAGAUGAAGCCCUUAAUGUUGUUCGCGAAGUGGUAAGGAUCCAUAAAUCCGGUGGUUUCCAUCUUCGCAACAUAAUAUCCAACAGUGAACGAGUGACAAUACUAUGUGGUAAUAAUCCUGGCAAUGGCGAGAACAGUGGCAACUUUCUUUUUGGUGACAGAAUAGAACGGGUACUCGGUAUUCAUUGGGCGCCAAAGACAGAUGAUUUUUGUUUUCAUUUGCGUUUGGCCAAAGUGGACAAAAAUAUAUUAAAUUUUACAAAGGUGCCAACAAAAAGGGAGAUGCUCGGCCUAAAUAUGUCCGUAUACGACCCAUACGGAUUCCUGUGCGACUUUAUGGUGACGUCAAAGGUGCUAAUGCAGAAGGUCUGGAAAUGUGGGAUUCUUUUACGGUGAUACAGUGGAUUCGGUCAGAUCACCGAAAAUACAAGCAAUAUGUGGCAAAUCGUGUGGCUGAGAUAUUGGACGGCAGCAGCAUUGAACAAUGGAGGUGGUGCCCUGGUAACGAGAACACUGCAGACGAAGGAACUCGCUCAAAACUGUUCAAGCCAUAUGAACCCGAAGGGCGUUGGAAAAAUGGACCAACGUUUUUGCUGAAGGCGGAAUCGUAUUGGCCGAGUGAGGUGCACAAUCAAACGAAAAAGGAUGAAAGUGGCUCAGAACUGCGAUCCAAGCACAGAGUUCUGGUGGCUCAGAAGGUAUGUUGGUGCAUUCCAAAUAUUGAUAAUUUUUCCAAUUACAGAAGGCUGAAACGGGCUAUGGCAUGGGUGUUCCGGUAUGUGCAAAACAUGAGGCGUUAAAAUCAAAGGUGAGGCGUUGUUCUUGUGUGAUCUGUCGCUGGAAGAAGAAGAGAAUGCCGUGUCUUAUCUGUGCCGUCAUGUGCAACGUCAACAAUACGAAGACGAACUUGAGGACCUGAAAAAACAACACUCAGUGAGCCAAAGCAGCCAAUUAUUGUCGCUGAAUCCCUUUGUUGGCCAAGAUGGCAUAAUUCGUGCGUCUGGGAGAAUCCAAAAUGCUGCCUUUUUGAAUCUGGAAGCCAGGCAGCCCAUAAUUUUGCCGAAAAAUCAUCGGUUCACCAUGUUAUUGGUGGAAUUCUACCACAGAAAGUUCCUGCACAUCAACACUGCCACUGCUAUGAGCGAAAUACGUCAAAAGUACUGGGUGCCAUCACUGCGUCAACUAUUAAACAGCAUCCAGAGCCACUGUUCCGCCUGCAAACUUCGUCGAGCCAGGCCACGUCAACCCCAGAUGUCUGCCUUACCGAUGGAGAGGGUGACCCCAUACAUUCGAGCCUUCACAUACACAGGACUUGAUUAUUUUGGCCCAGUAAGUGUUGGAAUCCGCCGUCAACGUGAGAAAAGGUGGGUUGCUCUUUUUACCUGCUUUACAACCCGUGCCAUCCACCUGGAGAUUGCCACAGACCUAUCCAUCGAUGCUUGCCUGAUGUGUAUCCGCAACUUCAUUAAUAGAAGAGGUGUCCCUGUAUCCAUAAGAAGCGACAACGGGGCCAAUUUUGUUGGCAUAGCAAAGGAAUUACAAGGUAUUGAUGUUUUUGGAUACUAAUAGUCUCUCUUCAGGUUUGACGGCACUGGGCAUCAAAUGGAUAUUCAACACUCCGUUGAAUCCAAGUGAAGGCGGCGUAUGGGAACGGCUUGUGCAGUCCGUGAAGAAGGCAUUGUACAUCAUGUUGAAGGAGCAGGCUCCAAAGCUCGAAACGCUCCAAUCGUUUCUAAUCGAAGCAGAGAACAUCAUCAAUUCGAGACCCUUGACUCAUCUACCUGUGACUCCCGAAGACCCGGAACCAUUGACCCCGAAUCAUUUUCUGCUUGGGUGCACUAAUUCAACCCAAACUCCGGCACCAUAUGAGCCCAGAUUGAUGUGUCUUCGAAAGCAGUGGCGUGUGGUGCAGAACUUAAAGAACGGCAUGUGGCAUCAAUGGCUGCGUGAAUAUCUUCCUGAGCUAACGAGAAGGACGAAAUGGUGUUUGCCAUCACAACCGUUGAACGUGGGCUGCCUUGUUUUUAUUUGUGACCCAGAUCUUCCAAGAAGCCAAUGGAAAAGAGGGCGUGUCAUCGAGCUCCAUCGCGGCAAAGAUGGUGUAGCACGUUCAGCCGAAGUGCGCACAGAUGUGGGUGUCUACCGCCGUCCUGUUUCCAAGUUGGCCAUACUAGACGUUGAAGACUGCUGGUGAAGGUGAAGCCUCCCCCUCUGGGUCAGUUCACGGGGGUGGGGAUGUCGUUUGAGGGCAACCCUGCUCGACGGUAACCCUGUUGUUGCAAAAUGCUGGUGCAACUGUCAGCAAUGAAGUACAAUGGCUGAAAUAUCCCAAGCCAAUUUGCAACAUAUCUUCAUUUUGUUUAUUGUUUUUGUUUAUUUUUAAGCCAAUUUUUUUGUAUAAAUAGGCCCUUCUGGCAAAUACUUGUUCUUUUCUAUUCGUGAUACCAAAAAAAACAUGUAAGUCGUGCUUUGCAUUUUUUGUUGUAAUUUUUAUUGAACUUGUUAAAGUUUUAAAGUGUUAAAUGUAAAUUUUAACUUGAAUCUUUAUUUAGUAAUAGUGAAUAAACAACACAUUAACGUAACCUCACACCUUAAACACACACACACACAUCAAAUGUACAACCCUUAUAUUUAAAAUACAAAACACAUAUCAAGCAAAAUAAAUAUAUCCAGCAGUUUCAUCAUUUCAAACAUAAA